AUAACAAAAAUAAAUAAAGAAAAUAAAUUUGUAGAAAAAGCCAGCAGAAAAGAGAAGAACAACUCCGUGCUCCUUUUUUUUUUUUUUUUUUCCCUCUCAAUUUUCAUUUAACACUUAAUUAUAAUACUAGUACUCUAUAAUGUCUUGGCUGUUGAAGUCUCUUCAAUCCGACGUUCCUCAUUCACCCACCUCAUCAACCGAUCACACUCCCACCAACCGAAACGGCGGUGUCAAGGAGGAUCUUUCGGUGCUCAGGGAGACUAUCGGCCGCCAAUUACGUGGCGUCGCUGCCUUCUUAGCACCACCUCCCUCUUCGCCUCCUUGUGUCACUGCCGCCGAGCCAGAAGAAGAAGAAGAAGAAGCACAACAGCAGCCGUUGGAUAAGCUAGAGGCGAUCCGCAACGAUUUGGCAGAGAUCGGAGGAAGCUUCAAGGGCGGGCUUUCGUUGUUAUCAAGUAACAAAGCGCUGACAGAGAUCUCCAGAUUCGCUUCGAGUUUCUUGCAGUUCCCAAAUCAAGAUAAUCAUGGUUAUGAUGAUGAUGAUGAUGAUGGUGAUGGUGAUGAUGAUGAUGGUGAUGAUGAUGAUGGAGUUCCGGGAAUUACGGAAGAGGUGGUUGAAUUUGUUCAAGAAAUUUCCAACUGCCCAGAGUUCUGGACUGAAUUUCCUCUCUCACUAAAUAACGUUGCAGAUUUCAAAAUGUCAGAGGCUCAGAGAGAGCAUGUCGAAAAUAUUGAACACCUAGUCCCAAGUUUUGAAGCUCUUAAAGUUAACCUUCAUCAUCACUUGGGAGAUGAAAGAUUUUGGAUGAUAUACUUCAUAUUGUUGCUUCCAAGAUUGAAUGAGAAUGAUUUUGAGCUUCUAUCAACUCCUGAGGUUGUUGAGACUAGAGAUGCACUUCUGCAGAAGCUGCAAAACAAUAAGAAUGCACGGGUUGAGAAUAGUAAUCUCAAUGCAUCUGAAAAGAGCGGCGAGGUUACUGAGACAAAGCAAGAGAACAUCUCCUCUGAAGAAAAGGUCAGUGAAAUUGUAAAUGCAGCGGAAAGAUUGGAGAUUGCCAGUGAAGAGAAUGCUGAGCAGUGGUUGGAAGAAGCAGAUAUUUCAAGUGGAAGUUCUGUGAGUGUCAAGAAAAACCUGGAACAUGAAGAGGAUGUUUCGUUCAGUGAUUUGGAAGAUGAUGAUAACUAUCUUUCUAAUAGAGUAUCAGUGCGUAAAUCGACACAGCACGGUAAAACUUCUUCACCUAGUGGAUCCAAUGACUGGGUUCAGCUGAACAAGGGACCAAAAACUCUUGGUGGCUUGCAGAAAGCAGGCCAAUCAAAUUCUCGAGAUAAAGAUUCUGAAGGUGAGGACUCAAAUGAUUGGCUCACCGAUGAUGAUUUCGUCGAUGUGGUAAGUGGCAACUGAUUUUCUGAUUUACAGUAAAGUUUCACAAAUCCAUUUUCCCCGUAGAAUUCUGUACUCGUGGAAAUCAAGCUAUCACUAAUAAUUCAGUCAAUAUUGCCUUUGAAGUCGCCAACUUCAAUGCUGUUACUGUUAAUAUUUGUACAUAAUUGAUACAUUGGUUUGUAAAUUGAAGCUGCCAACUUUAAUACGUUGGUUCUUUCUUUUAUUCUUCCAUUUUCUUUUCUCCUCUUUGUGCUGUUAAGUUUGCAAAAUACCUGGAAACUGAAAAAUCAGUGUUGAUAUAGUCUGCCUCUUCGUUCCGAAUUCCUAUGCCCCCACCCCAAAAAAAAAAAAAAGAAAAACUCGCACAAGUUUGAUUAUUUGCAAGAUUUGAUAAGAGAGAAAGAAAAGGAAAAAGAAAAGAAACCAAGCAGGCAACUUGUGAUGGAACACGAAAGCUAUACUGUUUGUUUGCAUGGUUGAUAGGAAAGGUGUUAGGAAAUGCUACUUUUCAUUUAAUUGUCGUGUCUUCUCACGUUUUCAAAAUUUCAUACUUUUGUUGACAGACAUAAAAGUGUUCUGCUUUUCGGUUACAACUGAACACCACAAAGAUAUACCAAUAAGAGAGAAUAAAAGGAAGUUGAAGCAUUAAUAAGCUUGACUGGAGAGACAAAACAAGGCGAACCGGUUGAUCUGGUAGGGUAGUUUGGUUUGGACGAAGAAAGGAUGUUUAAGGUGAAGAAGAUUGGGUUGGUUUAAAGGAAAAGGUAAAGUGAGGAAAUGCACUGGAUGAGUUAGCAGUGGGUGUCGAUCGAUUGGUGAUAGCUUUAGUGUGGUUUUUGCAGGUUUUUCGAUGAAAAAUUGGACCAAGUAGAGGUUAGGGAGGGUUUAGAAGGUUUAGGUCGGUUGAGGGAGGUGUCUUGAUGAUAGGAAAUUGAGGAAAUGAAAUAGCUUUGAGAGAGAAGGUUGGAUUUCUUGGAGAAGACAGUGACGCAAAAAUGAAUAAACAAUUCUAUUUACAGGGAAAUGGACGGAAGAAUUUAUUAGAAGUUCUUUGAAUGAAAUUUUUAAAAUUCCUCGAUAAAAUUAAAACAUCCGUUAAAAUUAUUUAGUCAGCAAACCCUUCCCUUUAUUUUUGGAGCUUGGGAAAGACAACAUGCAAAGCUUACAUAAGAGUUACAAAAUGUUUUUCAAGUUACACUUACAGAACAAUCUACACACAUUUCUAACUAAACCAAGAAAAACAUAUAGAUACAGCCGGUACAAGAAUCACAAGUAUAAGAAACAGUGGAAAGAAGAUAAACAUUCUUUACCAAGGAAAGCAAUGCCUUUGCAAGUAUCCGCUUUCUCUAUGCUUAGGCAAAAGCCAUGUCUCCCAUAAUUUGGGAUUUUCAAAAGCAAAGCACCAAU